UAAACGGCGUUUAGAUUUGGUGGGUGAAAUAACGGUUAUUGGUAAGGGGUAAAAUGGGCGGGAUUGGUGAGCAGAUAUCAAAGGAUCAGAUGAUCUAAACAAAUCUCUUUCCGACGUUCUUCAAUUUCCCCUCAAUAUUGAUUAGAUGUCGUUUUGCCCAACCACUAGAUACAGAUAGAUACCCUUCUCCCCCUCCCCCCCUCUCUCUCUCUCUUGAUUUUCUUCAAAAACCUAUCAGACAAUAUCCGCCGGUGGUUUCAUGAUUUCGUGUUUAUAAAUCAUAAUCUGAUACCGAAUUGUUCGAUUAAACAGACUUCAGUUGUCAUUUUGCUCCUCCAAAUCGGAAAAAGAAAAGAAGCCCAUAAUUUGCAUUGAAAGCGUCAAAUGGUUUGCUUUUGCUGAAAUUUAGCAAGUUUUGUUUGAUCCAAGCGGAAUAAAGUGUUUGACUACAUGCCACAAUAAUAAUUGGAAGAAAAAAUUAAUCCAUUAGAGAGUUGCAAAGAGAUCAUGUCACAUCAGCAAGAAGAUGAUGAGUACAUGGGUGAUGAAUAUGAAAUGGAAGAUGUAGAUGAUAACAUGGAGGAGGAGUUUCAUGGUAGAGAUGUUGGGUCAUACUCUGAUGUGGACGAAUAUGAUUACAUGAAUAAUAAGUUGGCAGAUACAUGCGCUGCCCAAGCAAGAAGAGGAAAAGAUAUUCAAGGUAUUCCCUGGGAAAGGCUGAGCAUCACUAGGGACAAAUAUAGGCAAACUAGACUUGAACAGUAUAAGAACUAUGAAAAUAUUCCUCAGUCUGGGGAGGCUUCAGAAAAGGCAUGCAAAGUCACCAACAAAACAGUCCUGUACUACGACUUUAGACGGAAUUCAAGAUCUGUAAAAUCGACAAUACUUCACUUUCAGUUGAGAAACCUAGUAUGGGCUACAUCAAAGCAUGAUGUGUACCUAAUGUCACGUUUUUCUGUCAUCCAUUGGUCCUCCUUAACUUGCAACAAGUCUGAAGUCCUUAAUGUAUCAGGGCAUGUGGCACCAUGUGAGAAACACCCUGGAAGUCUGCUGGAGGGAUUUACUCAGACCCAAGUUAGCACAAUGGCAGUAAAAGAUAAUUUGCUAGUUGCUGGAGGAUUCCAAGGAGAACUUAUAUGCAAGUAUUUAGAUAGACCUGGAGUUUGCUUCUGCUUGAGGACAACUUACGAUGAUAAUGCUAUUACAAAUGCUCUAGACAUUUAUACUACCCCAAGUGGUGCAGUUCAUUUUACAGCCUCAAACAAUGAUUGUGGAGUUCGCGAAUUCGAUAUGGAAAAUUUUCAGAUGACUAAGCACUGGCGUUUUCCUUGGCCGGUCAAUCAUACUUCCAUUAGCCCCGAUGGAAAGCUUCUUAUAAUUGUUGGAGACAGUCCUGAAGGAAUGUUGGUGGACUCGAGCUCCGGAAAGACGGUUGCAUCCUUGCACGGACACUUGGAUUUCUCGUUUGCAUCAGCAUGGAAUCCGGAUGGGUAUGGGUUUGCAACAGGGAACCAGGACAAAACCUGUAGAGUUUGGGAUAUCAGAAACAUAUCAAAAUCUAUAACCUCUUUAAAAGCCAAUCUUGGAGCCAUUAGAUCCAUCCGUUACUCAUCAGAUGGUCGCUUCAUGGCAAUGGCAGAACCUGCUGACUUUGUUCAUGUGUUUGAUGUCAGAGACGGCUGUUAUGACAAGGAACAGGAAAUUGAUUUUUUUGGUGAGAUAUCUGGCACUUCAUUCAGUCCCGAUACCGACUCUCUUUUCAUAGGAGUAUGGGAUCGCACGUAUAGCAGUCUCCUCGAGUUUGGCCGCAGACACAAUUACUCUUACUUGGAUUCCCUAAUUUGAUUUUCAUCCUGUAUCCUAUCAUUUUUUUUCUCCUCAAGCCUCAAGCCUCAAACAAACACAAACAUGUCAUGUAUCAUGUGUCUGUAGAUUAUUAAUGUAUACAACCAACUGUACAGAAGAAGAAGAUGAACAAAAAGAGGAAGCAAGUGGCUGCUACUAAAGAUAAGAUACCCACUCAAACCAAAUUAAUUAGCUACUAGCUAGGGAUUUUUAACUUAACUUAUCUUUUAUAUGUUACAAAUACCACCAUAUUAUUUUAUUAUUAAUAUUAA